AAUAAAAAAAAGAAGAAGAAGACAUCACAAGACUGCGUCGCGCUCCUGCUUCUGUUGUGAUUCAGCUGAAGAAAGAAAAACUCCCGGUGAAUCAUCUGAGAUCCACGUGACAAACUAUUAUAAAGAUGGCAUUUAUUAAAGAGGAGAUUGAAGACAUUAGGAUUGAAGAAGUAUUCAGUCUAAACCACGAAGAGACUGAGGAACUAACAGACCUGAUGCUACUGAAAAAGGAGAGGCAAGAACUGAAUAAAAUAAAAGAGAAGGAAAAGUAUGAGGAACAUCAUGAUUAUAUAACUGGAAAAAAAUCCACAAAUACCGAAAAGACAUCCUCACGAAAAAGAGCCCAGAAGAAAUCUUACGAAUUUUGCACCUGCCGUGAAUGUGGAAAGAGUUUCAGUCGAAAACAAAACCUUAACAUCCACAUGAAAACUCACACGGCAGAGAGAUGUUUCACUUGUCAACAAUGUGGAAAGAGUUUCAGUCGAAAACAAAACCUUAACAUUCACAUGAAAACUCACACGGCAGAGAGAUGUUUCACUUGUCAACAAUGUGGAAAGAGUUUCAGUCUAAAACAAAGCCUUAACAUACACAUGAGAACUCACACAGGAGAGAAACCUUACACCUGCCAACAAUGUGGAAAGAGUUUCAGUCUAAAACAAAACCUUAAUGUACACAUGAGAAUUCACACAGGAGAGAAACCUUACACCUGUCAACAAUGUGGAAAGAGUUUCAGUCUAAAACAAAACCUUGUAAACCACAUGAAAAUUCACACAGGAGAGAAACCUUUCACCUGUCAACAAUGUGGAAAGUGUUUCAGUCUAAAACAAAACCUUGAAAACCACAUGAGAAUUCACAGUGGAGAGAGACCUUACAACUGUCAACAUUGUGGUAAAAGUUUCAUUCAAAGAGGGAACUUAAUGAACCACAUGAUUCUUCACACUGGAGAGAGGAAUUUUACCUGCCCUCAGUGUGGAAAGAGCUUUAAACAAAAACAAGGCAUGCUUUCCCAUAUGAGAAUUCACACUGGAGAGUGUGGAAAGAGUUUCACACCUACACAGACCCUAAAUUCCCACACGAGGAUUCACUCAAGAAAGGACUGGUUAAUAUGUGAAGAGUGUGGAAGGUGUUUCAGUAAUAAAAGAAGCUUCAAGGUUCACAUGAAAGUUCACUCUGGAGAGGAGCCUCACAAAUGCUCUCGGUGUGGAAAGACCUGCAGACAUAAACUAUCCCUUUAUGUCCAUAUGAGAAUCCACAAUGGAGAGAAGCCUUACACAUGUUCACUGUGUGAAAAGUAUUUCAGACGUAAAGUAACCCUUAAUGAACACAUGAAGAUUCACUUGAGGAGUUAACUGCUGUAGAUGUCACCAAAAAAUUUAAAUUUGCGGUUAACCCUCAGGGCUUCCAAAAUAUGUAAAUAUGGGAACUAGAUCAACUUUUUUGGUGGAAGAUGAGUAGAUUUCCCAGUACAGGUAGCCAUGUUGUUUUUAAAUGCAACCUGUGAGCUUAACAAAAUGUAUGAAAAAUUCACCCGAUCAAAAGUAUUAACAAUAAACACCCUUUCAAAAGGAAACCAAGAAAUAAGACCGACACUUUCACUGCCUCUCCCCACAGACUCUGAUAUUUGUAAUCCCCAGGAUACACAACAGUGUUAAUUUCAUUAAUGAUAUAUAUUAAUGAAAAUAUUUGUUAACAGACAUUUUUUUCUGUGACUAAGACAAGACGAGCUUAAAACUAUGACAAAAUGUAUGCCAAGUCUUUGUUAACAAGAUGAGACGGGACUAUAAUGUUAUUUGAGGACUAUCAGACAUUCAAAAUACAUCCUAUAGGCUACUGUCUUGUCCCUCAAAAUGUGGGUCCCUGUCAUUGGAUUGCUAUCAGAUAAGGGGCGUUCGCAUAUCUAGUCUCAGUAUGGCAGCCAGCCGCAGUAGAUUAAUAGACUACCAAAAUCCGAACUAGCAAUUUAAAACAAUGGCCUCAGCAUCUGAAGGGGUAGGGAUAAGGUGACCAGAUGUCCCGUUUUUCCGGGAGUAACAAUUUGUUGUUGAUUAACUAAAAGUUAGUGAUAAAAGUCUCUCUCUCGGGCGCAUGCUCCAUUUCUUCAGUUCUCAGCACUCAAAUACACACACACAGCAGUCAAACCAAAUGUCUGUCGUGUAGUAGAGUAUCUCACGUAAAUACAGACUUUUCAUUGACUCAAACUAUACAAGACUAAAAUGUGACUAAGAGUAUUAAGCAUUUUAGUCUCAAGAUUAAGACUAAAACUAAAUUUAAAAAAAAUCCCUGUCAAAAUUAACACUGAUACAGAAACCCUUUUAGGGUUAAGAAUUAUGUAAUCAUUGGAGAGAAGUGUGCCAUCUCACUAUCUUGAAAUAAUUUAAUCUGUACACAGAAAAAUCAUUAGUGUUAAAGUUUCAAGGACAGUGUCAAAUAGUGUUUAGUAAUGCAAGUUAAUAAAAUAGCACUGCUGGUGGUAUCUAUAACUUGGUGACACUUUUGAAAGGGUGUUCUUUUCACAUUAAACCUAUCUGGUGUAAAUUAUUACGACAUCUUCAUGUAUUACUCAUUGUACCCGUUUAACAGACCCUCAAGUUUCUCUUCCUAAGAUGCAAAAGGGACAGGUAAAAAAAAAUUUCAUAUGAACUUGCUUCACGAAAACUAGGAGAGAAUGUCCAGUUAAAAUACUUUUUUUUUUUUGUUUUUUUCUGAAAUGAGUGAAGAGCAAGUUAAGGGGAUACUCCACCCCAAAAUUUAAAUUUGGUCAUUAAUCACUUACCCCAAUGUCGUUCCAAACCCGUAA